CUUUCAUGGCCCCAGAAGGCACUACAGAUAUACAAUUGUUCAUUUGCUAUCAUGCGCAAUCUGGGAGCUUUAAAUCAAUGAUUAAGAAGACUAUCCUCAGUCAUUGGGCAUUAAGAAGAAGAAGGAAGAAAAAAAAAACCACUUGUAAUAUUUGAGAUGGGAAUCUGCAUAUCCUCUGCAUCUUCAGAGAUUCAUGGCUCUGAAGCCCAAGAUGACCAUGAAAACGUGACAGUAUUUGAAGGAAGUGUUGAUCCUCUUGGAGCUAAGAGACUUGGUUCUGUUUAUUCUAAGCAAGGGAGCAAGGGACUUAACCAAGAUGCUGCAGUUCUCUACGAGGGCUAUGGAGAGGAAGAUGGAGCAUUUUGUGGAGUUUUUGAUGGGCAUGGAAAAAAUGGUCAUGUGGUGAGCAAGAUUGUGAGAAACUGCUUGCCAUCACUCUUGCUAAGCCAACAGCAUGCUCUGGAAAAGACGAGGAUUGCAGACGAUCCCGAUACUCGAAUUCAAUCUCGAAACACAGAGAGUCAAUUUGCAGUAAACAAAUGGAGAGAGGCUUGUAUCAGUGCUUUCAGGGUUAUGGACAAAGAAAUAAAGCUUCAGGAGAACUUAGACUUUUCUUGCAGUGGAACCACAGCUGUAGUUGUCCUAAGACAGGGUGAAGAUCUAGUCAUAGCUAAUCUUGGUGAUUCAAGGGCAGUGCUAGGGACAAUCACUGAGAAUGGCAUCAGAGCUGUUCAAUUAACUAGAGAUUUAAAGCCUGGGAUACCUAGUGAAGCAGAGAGAAUAAGGAAGUGCAAUGGCAGAGUGAUAGCACUGAAAGAAGAGCCACAUAUCCAGCGAGUUUGGCUACCACAUGAAGACACUCCAGGCCUAGCCAUGUCAAGAGCUUUCGGAGACUUCCUACUUAAAGACUACGGCGUAAUCGCAAUCCCAGACAUCAACCAUCGCCAACUAAAUUCGAAUGACCAGUUUGUUGUUAUUGCAACUGAUGGGGUGUGGGAUGUGCUUAGUAACAAUCAAGUUGCAUCGAUGGUGUGGGCAGCGGAAAGUGAAGAAACAGCCGCAAAGGCAGUGGUUGACGCCGCUGUCGCUGCGUGGAAAAACAGGUUUCCCUCUUCAAAGGUAGAUGAUUGCACUGCAGUAUGCCUAUUCUUAAAGAACAAGAAGCAGUAGCAUGCCUUGCCUACAGACACUUGGGAGUAAUAAGAUUGAUGGUCUUACUUGUCGAACAUGGGCACUUUAUUUUGAUGCAAACUGAAGUCAGUCUCUUGUCAAUCUCUCAACACUAUUUAAGAUGAAGAAGCAGUCGACCAUAUGAUUUGUAGCCACAUAUACACAGCAGAUAUAUAAGCAGAGAACAACGUCUCGUUGACAAA